AUGCGCGAGCUCCGAGAUUACAGGCCUUUUCUCUUGGUGGCAAAUCCUUUUCUUGGGAUCAGUUUUGCCGACUUUCUGGGAGCGAGGAGGAGCAUACCUCAAGGUACUUCCAUCACCGUUGCUUUCAACACUUCUGACUCGCUCCAACUCAUCCCAGGGCAGAAGCCCGACUAUCAAUUGGACUUCGACUUCGAUACCGCCAGUGGCUACUCUUUGCUGCUCUACGAUGCUGUUUCCGGAGAGUUCACGGACACCUGGAUCUGGACUUUCCAAGGCUUUGCAUCUCGUCGGCCCGGGCCUGCGCCGCUUCCUGCCCUUGCCGUCUACUUUGGGAGUGUAGAUGGAGUUGAACAGUACUUCGUCUCCAGCAAUCUGGCCUCCGUUCCCUGGGGCACUUACUGUGUGACUCCAGCAACUCCCGCUUGUCCUCCGGCACCAAGCGGCGAGCUGCCGAAGAUCUUCAAAAAUACCGGCAAGAUCGUGCCAGGUCUCGUCUUCUCCCUGAUGGUCCUUGGCCCGGACUCAGCUGCGCUGGAGCUUACGGCCCUCCGGGAUCUUCGGAAUCCAAACCAGAACUUCACGUUGAGCGUUCUCAACAGCAGUCUGUUCGUAACAGCCUUGGCCAACCUUCCAGCACUCGACAUGUCUGCAGGCGAGAGGAUUUGGAUCAUAUUUACGGAGAACCCGGAUCCGUUUGGACUUUUCCCUAGACCCCCUUUUCCACUUGCUCUUGGUGCGCCAUUUGGAUUCCAGAACCAGAAAGGCGAGAUCCUGACAUUGGUCUCCGCAGACGAGGUCGAAGACAAGCUUUGGGACAGGUGGGGCAUCCCCCGUUCACAGCGACGUGAAGGUGAAGAGUGGGUAUUUGGGGAGGGCUACGCUGCCCGCAAGCCUGGGUUGGCGUCAAAUUCAUGGGAAGGCCUUACCCAGUGGAGCAUCACCCAGAAUGUGUAUGAUCCCGCACGUGUGCCCUGGGGCACGUACUGCGUAGGCUGA